AUGUCUUUGGCUUCAAUCGAGAAUGUUCGCGGAAGCUUGCGACGCAGCAGCAAGCAGAGUGUGGCGGCAUUACACAAAUUAGUGUUUGUGUCAGAAGGCGAUAGGAAUAAUCGCAAACGUUUACGCGAAUUUGCCGGCUUUGAUUUCGAGGCAAACUAUGGCUCGUAUAAAAGUAUAAUGCAGUACAUCGAUGCAAAUUUGAGCAAUAACUUAAAAGUUCAUAUCGUGGAAAAUUUGCAAAAGGGACGUUUGCUUUCCGCAAACGCAAAAGACAACGAUCACGACGACAGCGAUAGCGAGAGCAGCGACGAUUGCACAAACGUAGAAGACGGUGCACGCAGCUUGAGACAGAACAAACCAGUAGAGUCGAGUUUUAUAAUGCAUCGCGACGCGGUAAAUGCGGAGAAGUACUCGCUAUUGCAGCUGAAGGCCUGGUGCGCUGCGGUAGGCGUCAAUGCCAGCGGAGCAAAAGCGGCAUUAGCCGCCAGGUUGAGCGAGCUUUCAGUGGAGGCGCGAGGAUCAUGUCCAGUAGACAAGGCAGGCGAAAAAAGCGUUUUAGACGGUGGCGACGACGAAGAUACGGGAAACGUAGCUCAGCAACAGCGCGGGAAAAGUGUGGCCAGAAACAAUGAUGAGCACAACGUGGAGAACAACGGUGAGAACAAUGAGGAAAACAACGGUGGGAACAACGGUCAGAACAACGGUGUGAACAACGUGGAAAACGACGGUCCGAACAACGGUCAGAACAAUGGUCCGAGUAAAAAUCAAGACAACGGUCCGAGUAUCGGUCAAAACAACAGCGAGGAAAACAACGAGAAUAGCUAUGGUACAGACGACGAUGAUGUAGCGUUGGCAUGCACACGUAGCGCUUACAUCAAGCCUACACCUGUAUUUCGUGGAUUAGAAAUUAAUAAAAUUCAAGCGUAUUCAAGUUAA